UACAGCAUUUCCUGACAAGCGCGGGGGGAGAGAAAGUGAGCGGGCGAGUUAGGGCGUCCCCGUCAAGUGGCCCACACAUACGCCGAACGAUCGUGGCUUAACACCAGGCACCUCCAACCUCGCGCCAUCAUAUUCACCAAAGGACUACAAAGAGGAGCAGAGUGGACACCAUCAGCAUAUUUGAGGGGAUGCUGGACCCCCCGAAGACGGACGGGGGAGCCUGAGCAGACGGCGACGCUCAUGGGGGCGACGCUCGCUGAUUGAAUCCACAGGAAUCACCAAGUGGCCUGGUGACAAAAAUGAGUCUGACAUGCGACACCCCUGUCUUGGAGGAUCAAAUAGUUGGAUUUUGAGUCUUUCAAAGUACUCUUGUCAUGGUUCAAGGUUGAGACAUGGCGAGCCCAGAAAAAGACGACAAAAGCAAAGACAGCCCUUCCUCUGAGGGCGAGGACAAGCGGGUCAAAGAUGAGCACAACCAGCAGGAGAAGGCGAGCGGAAAGGCAGUGGUGGUGUCCCCUGGUGGUGAAACCAAGCGGGACAAGCGGCGUCCAGCGUGCAGGAGCGGCUGGGGCCUAACUGAGCGUUUGGCCAUCAACGUGUCGGGCAUGCGUUACGAGACCCAGCUGCGCACUGUGGCCCAGUUCCCCAAGUCCCUACUGGGUGACCCCCGUAAGCGGCUGCGCUACUUUGACCCUGUGCGAAACGAGCUCUUCCUCGACCGCAGUCGGGUGUGCUUUGAGGCCAUACUGUACUUUUACCAGUCGGGCGGCAGACUGCGGCGGCCGGCCAACGUGCCACUGGACGUGUUCCUCGAGGAGCUGCGCUUCUACCAGCUGGGCGAAGACAUCCUGGACCGUUUUAAGGAGGAUGAGGGCUUCCCCAAGGAGGAGGAGCGAGCUCUGCCCAGCGGGGAUCUGCGCCGCCGCCUUUGGAUGCUCUUCGAGUACCCCGAGUCAUCCAGCGCGGCCCGCAUCAUCGCCAUUGUUAGCGUCCUGGUCAUCAUCAUCUCCAUCCUCAUCUUCUGCCUGGAAACGCUGCCUGAGUUCAAGAACGAGAAAGAGCAGAGGGAGAGGUUCAGCAGCGUUCUUCACACGGCCGUCGGCAACGAGACGCUCUCCACCUCGGCGGUCUUCACCCCCUUCCAGGACCCCUUCUUCAUCGUGGAGACCAUCUGCAUCUGCUGGUUCUCUUUCGAGCUGGUUAUGCGCUUCAGCUGCUCACCCAGCAAGAUGCACUUCUUCAAGGACGUCAUGAACACCAUCGACUUCUUCGCUAUCAUUCCCUACUUUGUCACGCUGGGCACGGAGCUGGCCAGGGACAAGGGGGCACAGCCCUCGGUGUCACUAGCCCUCAUCCGGGUUAUCCGGCUUGUGAGGGUCUUCAGGAUCUUCAAGUUGUCUCGACACUCCAAAGGUCUUCAGAUCCUGGGGCAGACGCUGAAGGCCAGCCUGCGAGAACUGGCCCUGCUCAUCUUCUUCCUCUUCAUCGGCGUCAUCAUCUUCUCUAGCGCCGUCUAUUUUGCCGAGGUGGACCGCCCGGACACGGCAUUCACCAGUAUCCCCGAGGCUUUCUGGUGGGCCGUGGUGUCCAUGACGACGGUGGGCUACGGCGACAUGUACCCAGAGACAGUGGGCGGUAAGCUGGUGGGCUCCAUGUGCGCCAUCGCUGGCGUACUCACCAUUUCCCUGCCUGUGCCCGUCAUCGUGUCCAACUUCAGCUAUUUCUAUCACCGCGAAAUGGAGCGGGACGACACCACUGAGUACCAACACGUGUCCACCUCUCUCUGGGAGGGCGACGACGACGACGAGAUGGACGAGGCGCCUGAGGACACACGGGAGAGUGUACCACUUUACGGAAGGAACAGUAAAUCUGAUGGAGAUGUUGGCGGGGCGAACAUUCUUUUCAGAGAACCUCUGGUCACGCAGGUGUGAAGGAACCACAGAAGCAGCAAUAGCAGCAGGAUGGAAAAUCAAAGGGCGACACGGAUAGUGGGCACCUGCAAACAACCACAUAAAGACUGACAUAUUUUACAAUUUUUAAGUUUGCAACAAAUUUAUGCUGUUUGAAAUAGUCAUUGCAGUCAAGUGACAUUCUUGGGCUAGCUGCAUGUGUGGCACGUGCUAUUCAGCAAAAUUCAACCCAAAUAAAUGUAGGCCCUGGCUAAAGCUAUAUGAACAUUAGAAUCUGUUAAAAUUCUCAUCUGCUCAAAGGUAAAAUCUGUUGGCCGGCCACCCUGUCUAGCUAGCACCACAAAACUAAUUGCCGCCAUUUAAAUGAACAAACAAACAAGUGCAAACGAUUGCAUAAUCUUCAGUGUCAAUAAAUAUCUUUGGCUCAAA